AUGAAGAAUAAAAAGCUGAAAUAGAAAAUUAUAAAAAAAUUAGAAUAUAUUAAAAAUCACUUGUAUAGUAAUAAAGUACAAUAGAUUAAAUAUUAAAAAAUAAUUUAGGUUAAGAAUAUUUAAUUUUAAAUUUGUCAUUUUGCAUUGAAUAUAAUAAAAAAUUAGAUUCAAGUAAAUCGUUUUUAAUAUAUUUAAUUAUUUUUUAUAUUUUGGUUAAAUUGUAUUUUUUUUUCUUAGACCGUACUUUAUUAAAGCGCGAAUUUUUUUAUUGCAGAAAGUUAUAAAUAUUAAAGAAAAUACUUUAAAUUUAUAAGAUGA